AUGGGAGCCAUGAGAGCAAAUAUGGUUUCUCACACCACUACCACAACCAACGAUACACCAAUGGUGCUUAUACCAUCACCUGCACGAGCUUCCACCAAAAAACGUAGGGGUAGACCCUUGGGGUCUAACAAUAGACCCAAACCACCAAUCAAUAUCAAGGAAGACACAAAUACACAUAUGGAAAUUGUUUGCAUUGAGAUCCCAACUGGAAGAAAUAUUAUGGGGGCACUAGUCAAGUAUGCUCGACGUCGUCAAGUCAACAUGACAGUGUUGAGGGGUAAUGGGUUUGUCUCUCAUGUUACCCUUCUCCACCCAGAAUCUCGCUCCCCAGUUAUCCCCAUGGAAGGACCAUUUGAGAUGACGUCUCUUUUUGGAAUUCUUGAACUUAUGCAUUUUCUUUGCAAUUUGGGUUUCAGAGUUGGGUGUUUUUGCUUCGUCACUGUGUUUCAAGGAUUUAAAGAUUUGGUCGUUUAA